UUGCCAAAGGUCCGGCUGCUGACGUCGGAGAGCGCCCGCUCCUGUCAAUGAAGGCAGCGGCAGCCUGGGGACGGUCUGGCAACGAGGCUACAGACGUCAUCGCCUCCUGUUGGACGCGGGGGGUGUCCGAGCAGCGGCUCCGGCUUAAAGGAAAACUCUCCAAGUUCCAGGCAGCCGCGGAGAGUCGUUCCUGAGAGCCCAGGCACCCCCAGAUGCCCAGUGUGCGCGGCACACGGGCUGGCACACGCGCGCGCGCACACACACACGCACACACACGCGCGCACACUCGCACUCCUGUUCUGCAUAGAUGUGUGGGUCCAAACUUGCGGCAGCACCGAGAGAAUGGGCUGAGAUGGACCGGUCCUCCUUGGCGCCUGGAGGGCUCAGCGCGGCUUCCCUCGACACCCCCAGAUGGAAGGGAGGGAAAGAAGACCGUGACACCCCGUUUAGAGUUGUCCCCCCCUUUUCUGAGAAGAUCGGCGCGAAAGCCGGGGUGCCCGAAGCCUUUGGAAUAUGCCUGCUUGGCGGAGCCGAAGCGAGCGUUCUUGGAGAGGUCCCGAACUUGGGCCACCGGCCUCGCCUGGCAACUCGGUUUGCGCAGUUUUCGUCGGAGCCCUGGACCCGCCGCGCUCCCGCCCGGCCGGCUGGCGCCGCCACCCCCACCUUUUCCCUCUUCCUUUUUCAAAGGCACGAACUUGAAAUGAAGCGGAGACCAGGUCCGCGCCUCAGCACACUUUGGCGGCGAGACACCCGGCUGGCUGUAUCUCCACCCAUGCUAGCUGAUGAACUUUCUCCCCUCACGGCUGCCCUGGCUUCCCCGUGGGGACACGUGCCACACACGUCCUGGCUGCACCUCGAAGAUCCAGUCCAGCACAGCGCUGCCCUUGGCCUUGGCCGAGCUGCCUGUCUGGCCCCGUCUAACGGCCUGAGGACUGAAUUAUUCAGGAAUGAGAAAAGGAAGAAGAGAAAGACGGAGAGGGACGAAGGGUUUUUGCAUGCUGAUUUUGUGCUCCGCUACCUUGCUGACUCUUGUGUCGUUUACAUUUGUUGUUCAGAUUAUUUUUUCAAGCGUCCCAGGUAGUCAGUUACAAAUAAUGGUGAUUUGAGCUUCCCUUCCCACGUGUGAUGCCUUUAUCUUCCUCAUCUGACUGCACUGCCUGAUACUUCCAGAAUGUCACUAAAAAAUGCUGAUAAAGAC